AGUUCCUCUGCUGAAUUAGUUAUGCUGGUUUCCAAUAAUUCAUAUGUGGCCCCCAAAUCUUUUAUUCGUAAUGGAAUUCCUGGUCUGGAAAGAGUACAUAUGUGGAUCUCUCUUCCAUUCUGCACAAUGUAUAUCAUCUCCCUUGUGGGAAACCUUGGCCUUGUGUACCUUAUUCAUCAUGAGGAGUCCUUACAUCAUCCAAUGUAUUUCUUUCUGGCCAUGCUCUCCCUCAUUGACCUCUUUACCUGCACCACUACUCUACCCAAUGCACUCUGCAUCUGCUGGUUCAAUCUCAAAAAAAUUAACUUCAGUGCUUGCUUAGUCCAGAUGUUCUUUGUCCAUGGGUUCACAGGUGUGGAGUCUGGUGUGCUCAUACUCCUUGCUCUGGACUGCUAUGUGGCCAUUUGCUACCCAUUGCAUUAUGCUACCAUACUCACUAACUCUAUCGUUGCCAAAGCAGGGCUUGCCACCUUCCUGAGAGGUGUGUUGCUGAUGAUUCCUUUCCCAAUCUUGGCCAAGUGUUUGCCCUUCUGCCACAGCAAUAUUAUCUCCCAUACAUAUUGUGACCACAUGUCAGUGGUGAAGUUAUCCUGUGCCAGCAUCAAAGUCAAUGUCAUCUAUGUUCUGAUGGUUGCCCUUCUUAUUGGAGUGUUUGACCUCUGCUGUAUUUCCAUAUCCUACACUAUGAUCCUCCGGGCAGUGGUCAGCCUCUCAUCAGCAGAUGCCCGGCAGAAGGCCUUCAGCACCUGCACUGCCCAUAUAUCUGCCAUCAUCAUCACCUAUGUUCCAGCGUUCUUCACUUUCUUUACUCAUCCUUUUGGGGGACACACCAUUCCCCCUUCUCUUCACAUCAUUGUGGCUAAUCUUUAUCUUCUUCUUCCCCCAACUCUGAAUCCUAUUGUUUAUGGGGUAAAGACAAAACAAAUCCGAGACAGUGUCAUAAAGCUCUUCCAGGGUGAGAAAAGUGCAAGUAUUCAGGGCAACUGAAAUUAGAUAGAAGAAAGAUGAAUGCAAAACGACAAAGAAGAAACUCGUAUGUGACAUCA